AUGCGGUUCGCUCUCCUAGCCGGUCUGGCCUCCCUGGUCUCCUCCGUUUCCGCAACUGCCUUGACAUACCGGCUUGAGGCGAACGAGAAAGCAUGCUUCUACACCAACAUUGAGCAGGCCAAUGCCAAGGUGGCAUUCUACUUUGCGGUUCAAUCUGGCGGCUCCUUCGAUGUCGAUUACUCCGUGACUGCGCCGGGCGGCAAGAUCGUCCUGGAUGGAACGAAGGAACGACAGGGUGACCACGUCUUCACUGCCCAGAGCCACGGCGAAUACUCUUUCUGCUUCAACAAUGAGAUGUCUACUUUCGCUGAGAAGAUGGUUGACUUUGAAAUCGCUGUCGAAAACGAAUCCCGCGCCCAACUCCCCUCCCGCCAAGGCGCCUCCCCAGAACAAACCUCCAACCUGGAAGAAUCAAUCUACAAACUCUCCGCACAGGUGUCCACCAUCUCCCGAAACCAGAAAUACUUCCGCACGCGCGAGAAUCGCAAUUUCAGCACCGUUCGCAGUACCGAGCGUCGCAUCUUCAACUUUAGUGUCAUCGAGGGUCUGAUGAUGGUGUCCAUGGCCGCGUUGCAGGUCUUUGUUGUGCGCUUCUUUUUCCAGGGCGCGAGAAAGGGUUACGUGUGA